AUGCAUCGACUGUUCUUUUUGAAUGUAAUAUUCUCUGUACUGUGUAUUAAUAUUUUACUCCAGAAAACCGAUGCCGCUAAACUGCGAACUUAUACUACUGGUAUUACAGAUAUCGUACGAACAGCUUUUAAACGUGGUGUAAAUCGUUUUAUAAAUCGUCAAACAUCGUACGAUUCCGAUGUAUUUCAUUAUACUCUAUUGCAGCAAAAGCGCGGUUCCGACGGACUUUUCGCAGGUGAAGCCUGUCGACUAUCGCCAACAAUAUGUUCGCAUGACGAACAAUGUUGUACAGGCCGAUGUUUAUGUCGUCGAUGGACAACAACAGGUGAACAACGAUGCAUAAGAAAAUGUUUCUAA